GUUUGGUGUCAGACGCAGCUAUCGCCCCUUUAUCGGCAGCUCACAUCAUUGUCAGACAGUCAUCAUUCUUUGACGCGUUCCAGGCACCGAUCCAGGAACUGCCUGAUUGGACCCUGAACUCGAUCCUCGAUAUCAAAGACUCAAAAAUCUCCCUUUUCCUCAACCAUCCCGCCUCACCAUUCUACUCUAAUUAUCAGACAAAAAUGGGUGCGAGAGGCCGGCCAGUGAGGUCGUCGACCUCAAAGGCCGAUUCCGUUUCCAAGAUCGCCACCCCAGAGCCAUCCCUGCCAGCGUUCAAACGAACCACCAAACGCAGCACCCGAGCCUCACAAGUCACGGAAAUCCCAGACUCAGAUGACUUCGAAGAGAUCAUAGAGGUCAAAUCCUCAGUCUCUGUCUCAAAAGGCACUUUUAAAGGUGUCUUCGUCCCCAGCAAUGGGUCGACAAUCGUUAAUGCUAGCGCAGCCGUCUCCGACUCGACUGCUCCUUCCUCCAUUGCCGAUUCCCUUGAGUCCGCUCUUUACGAGACGCCGGAUACAAGCGCCGUCCCUACUCCGAGUGCCCUCGAACAACUUGCAUCAAGAUCCAAAAUCGGUGCUACGCUUCGUGCUGCAGAGCUGGAGUCAUCGGAGUUUGCUUUGAGAGGACGAUCCACAAGAAAGCGAACUGCCACUCAGCUUGACGAUGAGGAAGAGAAUGUAGACGCACAACUCGCUGCAUUAUUGCAAGCAGAAGAGUACGACAUGGUGGACGCUAGCCAGGAUUCGGAUAGUGAACCACUGUCAAAACGCCGCCGCAUCGGUCUUCAACCGUCUCACAACGAAGCCAUGGUAAUCGACGAUAGCGACGACGAUUUACCAUUUGCGAGACGUCCCAGAACGAGGCUGGCUUAUGAACCUUCUAACCCGCCAAAUGUGUCUGGACCGCCGUCAUGGGGGAAUUCCGAACUCUCUUCGCUUGCAUCCCUGGACGAAACUGGAAUGUCCGAUUAUGAAUCUGUCGACUACUCGGUCACGCCUUCUCAAGCCAGCGAGGAUGUAGAAGACGAAGAUCAAGACCGGGCCGCCAUGCCACCACCUGUCGCUGGAGGCCGAAAAAAGCGGAGCAGACGACGUGCAGCUUCUCCUAUUGAAUGGGAUCCGUCCAAACGACGCCAGAAGCGAGAGCGUAAGAAGCUCGAAAAGGCUCAUCCGGAAAUCAAUUCCAUGUGGGACGAUCUCAAAGAUAUUGCACCCAUCACACCUGUGCCUGCCCAGCAACCUGCCGGCAUCAAUCGUACACUCAAAAAGUUCCAGCUCGAAGGUCUGGAUUGGAUGAUCAAACAAGAACAAUCUCAAUGGAAAGGAGGUCUCUUAGGAGACGAGAUGGGUAUGGGCAAGACAAUCCAGGCAGUCAGUUUGAUAAUGUCCGACUGGCCGGCCAAAGACCCUUCUCUCGUCGUGGUGCCGCCUGUCGCCCUCAUGCAAUGGCAAGCCGAAAUCAAUGAUUACACCAGUGGGAAGCUCAAAGUCCUCGUCUACCACGUAUCUGCCAACCCCAAAUGCAAACUUCUCACCAAAAAGGAUCUGAAGAAGUACGAUGUUAUCAUGGUCUCCUACUCCGGUCUCGAGUCCAUGUUCCGCAAACAACACAAAGGUUGGAGUCGCGGCGAUGGAAUCGUCAAAGAGGACAGCAUCUUGCAUUCCAUCAAAUACCAUCGACUCAUCUUGGACGAGGCACACAGCAUCAAGCAGAGAACUACCAGUGUGGCCAAGGCAUGCUUUGCUCUCAAAGCAGACCACAAGUGGUGUUUGUCCGGCACUCCUGUCCAAAACCGAAUUGGAGAGUUUUUCUCUUUGCUACGCUUCCUUGAGGUCUUGCCAUUUGCUUGCUAUUUCUGCAAGCAGUGUCCAUGUAAAGAACUUCAUUGGAGUCAGGAUGUGACUACCAAGAUGUGCAACAUGUGUAAGCACAGCGGCUUCAACCACGUUUCCGUCUUCAACCAAGAAAUUCUCAACCCUAUAACUCAGGGCGAUGAUACGGAGAGAAAGCGAGGUCUUGAGAAAUUGCGUCUCAUCACUGAUCGCAUCAUGUUGCGACGUAUGAAGCGCGAUCAUACAUCUUCCAUGGAGCUUCCACCCAAAGAAGUCAUCAUUCACAAUGAAUUUUUUGGUGAAAUUGAGCGCGACUUCUCUCAGAGUAUCAUGUCAAACUCCGCUCGAAAGUUCGACACCUAUGUCUCUCAAGGUGUGAUGCUGAACAACUAUGCAAACAUCUUUGGUCUGAUCAUGCAGAUGAGACAAGUUGCAAAUCAUCCAGACUUGAUUCUUCGAAGACACGCCGAAGGUGGCCAGAACAUCCUAGUGUGCUGCAUCUGCGAUGAACCUGCCGAAGAACCUAUCCGAUCCAAAUGUCAUCAUGAGUUUUGCCGUCAAUGUGCCAAGUCAUAUGUCCAAUCCUUCGCUGGCGGAGGAGGCGACGCUGACUGCCCAAGAUGCCACAUUGCCUUGAGCAUCGACUGGGACCAACCCGAAAUCGAGCAGGAUGAAGACAACGUCAAGAAGUCGUCAAUCAUCAAUCGAAUUAAGAUGGACGAUUGGACCUCGUCGACCAAGAUCGAAAUGCUCGUCUACGACCUCUACAAGCUCAGAAGCAAGAAACAAACCCACAAGAGCAUUGUCUUCUCUCAAUUCACAUCGAUGUUGCAGCUCGUUCAAUGGCGUCUCCAGAAAUCUGGCUUCAGCACCGUUCUGCUUGAUGGCAGCAUGAGUCCAGCCCAGCGGCAGAAAUCCAUUGAUCACUUCAUGAACAACGUUGACGUCGAAGUCUUUCUCGUGUCGCUCAAAGCCGGUGGUGUCGCACUCAACUUGACUGAAGCCAGUCGAGUGUACAUCAUCGAUCCAUGGUGGAACCCAGCUGCGGAAUGGCAGUCUGCCGAUCGUUGCCACCGAAUCGGUCAACGCCGUCCUUGUGUCAUUACUCGCCUUGUCAUCGAAGACUCCGUCGAAUCCAGAAUGGUUUUGCUUCAGGAAAAGAAGGCCAAUAUGAUCAACGGCACCGUCAACAAUGAUCAAGUCGCUCUGGACAAGCUGACCCCGGAGGAUAUGCAGUUCUUGUUCCGGGGAAGUUAGACGAAUCCCUUCAGAUAAACACGGACGGUGCUAGCGAUGAUGUGGAAGAGGGCGCUGCAGGCUCCUGCUUCUCGAAUGUGCCACGAGUCAUGAUGAUCAUGCUUUUUUAUGAUUCAGCAAACGAAGCUGUACACUAUAUCUUCAUGGGAGUCUAAGGGCUAUGAGUGGAUUGCGUUACUCAUCGGGGUGGGCCAGGGUCGGUAUUGUGCUGGGCUUGGUGCCUUCUAUUCUUUUAUCCAGUGUAUCAUGAAGAAAAAGCGAUUAGAGCUUAUGCAAAACAUACUCAAGAUAAGAGGCAGGCAUAGUAGAAACCAUAUCACAAAUGCCCCAUUCGAGUCUAUCGUGCCUCGGUGGGUGAUACGAGACGUUUCGCAUCGGACUGACAGUAA